AUGGCGACCACUGCGCCCUGGACGCUGACGCAGCACAUAAUCCCAGCAUUUCAUCCCCGUGCUUAUCGGCGAUCAGUCCGCGAUCCAGAAGCUUCGCGGCUGGUGCUACAUGUCAAUGAAUAUACCAUUGCCCUUCCAGCUCAGCAGAGCCAAAGUGAAAAACAUGGGGAAAAGAAGAAUGGAAUAACUAUCAUCUUCGCCCAUGGCGUUGGCUCGACAAAGGAACAGUACGAGCCAUUCUUCCACGACUUGCUCUCCUCUGUCCCUCCCGGGACGGUUAAAGCCAUCUUCGCCGCUGAUGUCUACAAUCAUGGGCAAUCGUUCCUGCUGAACAAAAACGAACUUGGAGAUGACGCUGAAUGGCUCGAUCCUGCCCGUGACAUUGUCACGAUGAUCAACCACUUUGCGGCGCAACGACAACAUCCAGGAGGCGAGCGAAAAAUGUCACCUCCGUUGGUUGGUAUCGGUCAGUCUUGGGGUGCGGUUCAUGUUCUCGCCCCCGCAGCAUGGCAUCCACGGAUGUUCCAGGCGGUUGUGUGCAUCGAGCCAAUUGUAGAGAAUGGCUCAUGGCAUGACACGUCUGCCCCCCAGUGGGGGGUCACAGGUCGAGGGACUGGGUUUAAAUAUCGGCUCCACAAAAUUCAAGAUUCAUGGGAAAAUGAGGCGGCCGCGAGGAAGUCACUAACAAAUUCCCCUUAUUACGGACUGUUUGACAAGCGCGUCUUCGAGAAGAUGAUUCAGACGGAUUUAUACCGACCGGAUCCGUCCAGGGACCGAGUGGAAUUGGUCACGCCCAAGCUACAGCGGAUUGUGUGGUUUCUUCGGCCAGAUCCACCUUACAAAGGGAUCGCGCCAACAGAAGAUUAUGCUACCCGGACUGAGAUGAGUCGGCUUCCUGGAGGCUUCUAUCGCCCGGAGUGUGAUAAGAUAAAAUCUUUAAUGACAGGGAUUCAUUGCAAAACACUGUAUGUGUGGAGUAGAGAUGAGAUGUGGGUAAGCGAUGGCGGAUAUCGACAACGGGUGGUUGGGUGUACGGGGACCGGGCUGGGGGGCGGAGGCGGCGCCGCGUUAGGCUAG